AUGGCCCUCCGCGCGCUCGACAACACGAUGCCCGUCGCCGUCGAGGAGCGGACCAAGAAGGUGGCUAAGGUGGGCGUCCCCGCCGCCGCCGCCGUCAAGGUCGCCUCGCCCGGGAGCGGCGGCAAGAAUAAGAAGGGGAACGACGAGAACGCGGCACCCAGGGCCACGGCCGCGGCGGCGGAGCAGGCCGUCGAGUACAUUCCGUCAGAGGAGCUGGCGGCGGCGGCCAGCCCCAAGGCCAAGGCCGCGGGGCUGGUCGCGGACCUGGACUCCAAGGACUGGGUCAGGACCUGCGAGGCGCUCAACGACGCGCGCCGCCUCGCGAUCCACCACCCCGCGCUGCUGAACCCGAUCCUAGAGAAGGUGGUGCUGGCGGUCGUGAAGACGAUGAAGAGCCCCCGCAGCGCGGUGCUCAAGACGUCCAUCAUGGCCUGCGCCGACAUCUUCAGCUCCUUCGGCAACCUCCUCGCCUCCGUCUCCGAUGUCGCCUUCGACAAGCUGCUGCUCCAGCUCCUGCUGAAGGCGUCCCAGGACAAGCGGUUCGUGUGCGAGGAGGCCGAGAAGGCGAUGCGCGCGAUGGCGACGUCGAUGCCGCCGCUGCCGCUGCUGAAGAAGCUCAAGGCGUACGUCCACCACGCCAACCUCAGGGUCAGGGCCAAGGCCGCCGUCGCCAUCUCCCACUGCGCCGCCCGGAUGGACAUCGAGGCGAUGAAGGAGUUCGGGAUGUCGGCCCUGCUGCAGGUGGCGGCGGAGCUGCUGAACGACCGGCUUCCGGAGGCGAGGGAGGCCGCCCGCGGCGUGGUGGCGUCGAUGCACGCGGCCUUCGCCAAGGAUGCCGCCGCGAGCGGCCAGGAGGACGACGCGAUCGCGUCCUGGGAGAGCCUCUGCUCGCUCAGCCUCCCGCCCAUCUCCGCGCAGGCCGUUGCCAAGAUCACCGCCUCCUCCUCCUCCUCGCAGUAG